AUGAACAGCCAAUCCGAUGGUGGUGCCAAAGUGCUCGUGAACGCGUACGCCGGAAGCAAGGGAGCCGCGGGGGGCAAGAAGAAGUCGUCCAUUGCUCAGUCCAAAAAUGCGCCUGACUCCCGUUCGUCGGCGACGGGAAGCAACGGACGUACGGGCGCAGCCGGCCUCAGCAGAUCCACAUCGGCAACAUCGACUUCGGGCGGGUUUCAGUCAUUCUUCCGUUGGUUUCGUCGCGAUGAUUCACGAGUGCUCGCACGGAGCACUAGCGGCGCGGAGGUUACACCGGAACUGCAUGACAGAAGUGCACGCCAGCGACAGCAGCAGCAACCAAAUCCACAACGUCCUCAACGGCCAACGGUGGUGCAGCAGCAGCAACACGAUUCCUUCUCCUCGAGAAGUAUUGGUGCUAGUGAAGAGUCUAGUUUAGACGCUGGAGGUGGCACCAUCGUUAGUUGCCGAACGAUCGACAGCACGACCAGCAGCAAGAGCACGGUCCCACCCGGUGACGGUGUCAGUCAAUCUGCCGCGAGCAAUGGAACGCACAGUUCCUCGCCCAGCCCGGGUCCGGUGAUCGAUUGUAACAACCUUUCGAAGAGUUCUAGCUGCGACAGCAUUCUCAGCACUGCCACCAACGGAUUUGCCUUUGUGCCACCGAAUUGCUACGAGGCGGUGCUGGCCAGCGAAAAACCGGAGAACAGGAGAACGAUACAACCGGGACCGUACACGGACAGCUACAAGCGGCGCUGCUGGCAGCGCGAUCGGUCCCGCGAGCUUGAUCGCAAGUACGAGUUGACGUUGCGCAAGAAGUAUCGACUGUUCGCGAGUCUCCGCGAAAGUCCAUCGAAGGAGCAGAGGCAGAACAGCGACACUACACUCACCAGGGACAACCAGCACACGGUCUACUCGGAUCUCAGCCUCCCGGCGACGCCAAACGACAUUAGGAGUGAGACGACGAACGAAGAAAUCCAGGCGAACGGUGCUGAUCCAUCAGUGAUCCGAAGACACCGGCGAACCGUAAGUGAUAGUUCGAAAGAUCGCCGAGCCGGUGCUUACGUGCACGUGAAGGGGAAAAGACGAGCUCCACCACCACCACCUCUCGAUCCUGGCACGAGUGGAUCUUCGUCAAACGGAACACUCACACGGCGUUCCAACUACUACGGGACACUCUCACCUGGGUCAACACUUUCAACACGCAAGAAAAGGCCCGCCCCGGCACCACCAGUGAGUCCAACGACUCCGUACCUCAACGAAGCGUCUUCGAGCACGAGCCUUUUAGAGGACAAAGAGAUUAAAGCGAUCAUUGAAGGGAGACCACUUCCGCUGCUUACACUGAAACAACAAACCGCACACGAACCGGAAACGCUCAUCAUGCCUCUGCCGUUACUAAGACCGCUGUCCCCGCUGCCAAACAUUUCCGAGGAACGAGCUCCACCCGGUGGGCUGACGGAGGAACAGAAGCAACAGCUUAUCGACAACAUACGAAAGGUUCAACAAACGUCACAACCCGCUCCGGAAACGCCUCCAACGAACGUGAACGACACCUGUGACGUCAUGAAAAUGGAGGAACAGUUCAGUCGAGCAAACGGAACUCGUUCGCCCAUCCACGACUACCUGUACGCGGAAGCAAUGGCAAGUGCGAAAUCUUCUUCUUUAGCCCAGCCGUCGUCCCAACAAGCGGUUGCUGCUCCAACCUCACCGAUCUCACCUCGGCCCUGGUACAAGCGGCCCAUUUCUGGUAUUCGGCAGCAGGAAAGCUCGCUUCCGUUCAAGCGCGACAUUAUACUGAAAACGAUCGACAAACGAAAAAGUGGUAGCGGCGGCAGUGGUAAACACGCGAAGGAAACCGGUGAGGAUCUGCCGGAGGUGGGCUAUCACCGGAACUCCAUGCUACAGGAAGGAUCGUCCAGCACCAAUGGUGGUGGGAGCCCACCGUCCUCCACUGGUGCUAAGUUUAAUCUGUUCGCGAAAAUAACUGAAAAAUCGGACGACACCAAAAGGCGCGAGCGGGAUGCGGAAAAACGACGGUCCGCCAUCGGGAUACCGAGUAUCAGCGAGUUGGACCGCGAGGCGGCCGAGAUAGUCCACAACGAGUACCGUUGUAAUGGAGGAGCAGAGAAGGACACACCGAGUGGCAAGCAAAAGACUACCAAAGAGCUGAUAUCAAAGUUUGAAGCGACAAGUGUCCCGGUGGUGGGGAAGGUAACUGUCAACAGUUCCUUUGUGGCUCGGAAGGACUAUUUUGGUGGCGAUGCAGCCCAAAAGUCGGUCCCUGCACCUGCCAACCCACCGGUCGUCUGUGCCGGUUCGAGUAGCGACGAAUCACCACCAGCAGAUGUAACAGCACAUGUCAAACCUCCUGCGCCUUCUGGUCCAAGUACAAGUCCUUCGCCAGCUUCCACUCCACAAGAGACAACCUCAUCUAGCCUUUCGAAGACAGGCAGCGAUAAAAACCUUCUGGGCUUGUGGAACUGUCCCUACUGUACGCUGGAGAAUCCGAACUGGCGCAUCAUCUGUGAGGCGUGCGAGCGUAUCAAACCCUACGAUAGCAAACUUAGCAUACUGGAAGAACCUCCCUUGCGACCGAACCAUCCCCUGAAGCGUCCAAUUCCGGACGCUAGAAAGUCGCAGUCAUCGAACCCUCCUCCGGCAACACAAGGAAGCGGUGUCGAUGAUUGGGACAAGAAAACGGAACGGGUGUUAAAGUAUUUCAUGCCAAAACCGUUGGCAGCGCCGGCCACAAACGGCACGCUGCUGGUCGGAACGGGCGGCGGGGAUGAUCGGGCCUCCUUAAUGCAGCGAAAACCGACCUACGGUCAAACGAAACCACUCGCUUCGCCCAAGAUGGGCGUGAAAAGUCUUAUGAAGCGUGUGCCGGGAGAUUCGCCUAUGCCAGCGCCGUACCGCAACUUUAAUGCUGUCCCAGAGCGGUACGAAACCGCGUUCGACAAUAGUGCUGGUUGUUCUAACGGCAGUAAUAAGUUUGAUGAUCAGAAGCUUAAAGAAAGUCACUCGAAUCACCACACGGUUGCUGCUCCUUUGGCAUCGCCUGAACCAACCGCUGACAAGGAGGAAACUUUGUACGCAGUGGUCAACAAGACAUUGACCCCCACAGCGACCGAACAAGUGAACAUCGAAGAGAUACGUAGCGCACGUAUCGCACGAUUUGGAGCCAUCCCCAUUGAACCACCGGAACAGCAUCCGGAGGUGAAAUGUAACGAAACCGAACCGAGCGCGAUGACCAAAAGUAAAGAACAGCAGGAUCAGGAAGCGCUGGAGAAGGAAAAAGAGCGCCUUCGAGAGAUGAUCCGUGUGAUGAAUGCGAAGGCACUGGCCGAAAAGUAUCCGGUGGUACAGAAACCGCCAACAAGUAAUCAUAGUAGCCUAAAGCGAGACUCACCUUUGGUGCAGCGGAAGAAUGGGCUUACGUCAGGAAUUCCUAUCAGUACGAAAAGUUUAAGUCCUCUUCCGGCAAGAAAAGGUGGCUGUAGUAAUCCAUUGGGCACAAGAAAAUCUCCAGCCCCCAUGGCACCGGAAGACCAUGGCGUGAAGAACGAUGCGACGACUGCUGCUUCCGUCGUUGCUGUUAUCGAACCCGUUUCUUCCCCCCACACAGGUGCCAUAAGGAAAACAUUCUUCCCAAGACGAACCAGCAGUGAGAUAGGUGUCGAAAGUAAAAUCAUUAAUCAGGAUGGUGUUGCUAGCACCGCCGCCAUCCCGGAAACGGUUGCUGAACUGAACCAACAGCAACAAAGUGCUCCAUCGUUGGUGCUUACGAACGAUGUGCAUGGUAUUCACUACGAACCGAUGGAUGAGCAGCAGUUUGCCCGUGCAACCGUGGGGGCACUUCGUCAAGGUGAACCUAUUAGUUCCAUUCCGAGACCCUCGAACGUUCCUCUUUCGCCGCGAUUGCAGGAUCGGCACCGAAAAUCGCUACUCGAGAAGCAACAGCAGCACGACGAAAAAGUGAAACAAAUAUCCGAUCAGCUGCGCUCUCAGCAAGGUGUCGAUAGAUUCCGAAACACUCUGCUCUAUACGCCCAACUCCAACUUUGGCCGCACGGGGACGCUGGCGAUCAACAAGCUGCUGCGCAACCUGGAACUGGCCAUCAGCGAUGGGGCACACGAUCGAGCGGCGGAACUGGCGACGGAUCUGGCCAAAAUGAAGGUCUCACUUUCCGUCACGCGUCAAAGCCCGGGCAGGUCAACGUGUUCAACGUCAUCCGCAAGCUUGACGGAUAUAAGUCUCAACGUCUACGUUGAUGAUAAAGUAUCCCACAAGGGUCCCCUGUCGGUUUCGUUGGCCGCCUUCGCUACGAUGGGUCAGCUGAAGCAGAAGUUCUGUAACGAGUAUCAGAUUCCGGUGGCCGUUCAACGUUGGCGCUGUGACGAUCGUCUUCUGGAUGAUGACACUAAGACGCUCUUUGACUACGGCAUUCAAACGAACGAUCGAACUUUGCACGUGUUUCUGGUACAACCGAUUGCUCCUCCGACCAGGGAUCGGAGCAAGCCACAGACGCUACUGCAUGUCCCGGGUUUUACCAAAGUUGAGGCAAAGCUGCUGACGGUGUCCUCCGAAUCGGAGGGUGAGCAUUCAGACACGCAAAACGAUGAGACUAUGCUAGGAGCUGCAGCAUUGCCAAUAGCUGCGCCACGAGGAACGAGGAAUGCAAAAGUGGAAGAAAUUGCAGCAACAGAAGAAGAAGGAUGGGCUUGUCCGAUGUGCACGUUGAUCAACCCACAACAGCGACCAGGAUGUGCGGCAUGCUCCGAGGCACGGCCUAAUAUUGUACACAAGCAGGCCCAGGCUGAAGUAGUGCCACCGCAGGACAGCAUAACAGUGACGCCGGAGGAUUUAAAACGAUUUCUCGAUGAACAACCUCCUUUGGCACCCGGUCGACGGAAUGGAACGUCGAGAGAGUUGACAUCGGCGAGGACGGAGGUGGCACUAAGGAAUCCUCCGUUGGAAACUCGCAAUGAUUUGAAUCGAAUCUCUUCCAAUCGCAAGUCUUCCGACAUAUUUAACAUACUUUUAGAUGAGAGCAAGGUAUCCGGUACUGGCGGUGCGGUGGAGUCUCCCGUGCCGAAGCCACGGACCAGCGAUUUGGUUCGCCCGGUACACAUGCAGAUACCGGACCAGAAUAGGAUCGCUAUGACGGCCGCUUUCCAGGCACACCGUAGUCCAAACAUUACAAGAAGCCAGUACCGCGGUGUGGACAACUUUAACCCCAAUUCGAGUGGCAUGAGCAAGCCGGAGAGGCCGAUCAUCACUACGGCCAGCCCGAUCGUGCGUGCAGUGUUGCUGAAGAGUAGCACAGCAGCAGCAGCAGCAGGAGUCGAUAAACCGGCAGCGGUUCGCUUCGGACGAAAUGGACUCGCACUGCCCGAGGACGGGACGGAAGUGGCACCCAAUCACUACACGGAGCUGGUCAAUCUGGACAAUGCGGAUCUCAUUGCGAACAUUGAACCGUUCGAGUGUCCAAUUUGCUUCGGUCCGUUCCAACCGUACGAGGGCAUCGUGCUGCGGGACUGCCUGCAUUCGUUCUGCAAGCAAUGCUUGAUCAGCACCAUCCAAUACAGUGAGGACGCGGCCAUCCGAUGUCCAUACAGUGAUGCUGUGUACAGCUGUGAGAGUAUUAUACAGCAACGCGAAAUAAAAGCAUUGGUCAGCAAGGAACUGUAUGAGGCUCACCUGGCCAAAUCGAUCCAGCAGGCGGAAAGCGCUAUCGACAAUACGUUCCACUGCCGGACGCCCAACUGUCGCGGUUGGUGCAUCUACGAGGACAACGUGAACCAGUUCAAGUGUCCUGUCUGUAGGAUCGUCAACUGUUUAACCUGUCGGGUCAUACAUGAUGGGCUCGACUGCAAGCAGUACCAGGACCGCAUGAAUAGUGACUGUGAUACUAACCUAGAAGCGAGACGCACCAAAGCGAUGCUCCAGGACAUGAUUGAGAAAGGUGAUGCUCUCAACUGUCCCACGUGUCAGGUGAUUGUGAUGAAAAAGUGGGGAUGCGAUUGGCUCAAGUGUUCCAUGUGCAAAACGGAAAUUUGCUGGGUAACGCGAGGGCACCGCUGGGGACCAGCCGGAAAGGGUGACACCAGUGGUGGCUGUCGGUGCGGCGUAAAUGGAAUCAAGUGCCAUCCAAAGUGUAACUACUGCCAUUGAUGUAAGAAUGCAACAAAUGGAAAACGAUAAUAUCUUAAUGUUGCUUCUCUGAUGCCAAGUACAGCCUCCUAUUCUGAAUUUGUUUCAUCGUUUACUUACUAUAACUUUCGGAGAUGAAUCAGGAAGAACUAUGCCGGCCACCAUGAUACUACAACCACAAAAAAUAAUAACAUUUUCGUUGUUACGUAAAAAAGAAGGAAAUACAAGAUUGCUUAUCCUUAAAAUGGUAUUCCAAGAUCGUCUGAUAACAGUUUUAAUGUUUAGCUUAACACAUUUACCAAACACGACAAAACAUCAACAACAUUAUAGCAAGCGGUCCAGCAGAUUUUUUUUAUGGCAGUGUUGCCCGAUUUGAACGCUUUGACAAUUGUUCAGUUUCGCAGUAGAAGUUUCGCCAGAAUGGCAUGUUGAACACGCGGAAGAAAAACGCAGCAACUAAUUUCAUCUGAAAUAAAUAUAGCAAGCAGCAUAUUAAAAGUAAAAUCGUGUCAAUACUAUAUUGAGUUGUAUCACGUAAAUAGUAAUGGAUCACUACCAGGCACUUGUGGAUCUUGAGGAAAAAGAUAUUGUAA